AUGGACAUUAAUGUGGACAAGACGAAAUACACACUUUUUGGUACCACCAACCCGCAUCCCCUUUUUCUUCAACUGCGCGGUAUCCCCGUAGGCCCGGAGAAGGCACCUAAACUCUUAGGCAUCACCUUCCAAAACUACCGAGGCAUGUCUACCCAUGUGGUUCAAACGAGACAACGCAUGAAUUUUAGAUUGCUACAACUUGCCGCCAUCUCCUCCACCACAUGGGGACCGAAGCGUGAUGUCCUCCGAGCCUUCUAUCUGACACUAGUUCAAGCCCAGACUCUCUACGGUUUUGAGGUCUGGUAUUGGGAUGCGGCUCCCACUUCACGCAAACUCCUCGAUGCAGGUCAGAACAAAGCUUGCCGAACCAUAGCAGGUAUC